CAGCGAGAAAGAUGGAUGAAGGGGAAACACUGAAAAUUGAGCCGAUGUGAAAUCUGUUCGCAGCAUGAAUACAUGUUUAAGGACAUUGUGCGUGUUACUAGCCUUAGCGAUAGUCCUACGAAAAGCGCGAGCGUGCCCAAAAUUGUGCGUGUGUAAGUGGAAAAACGGUAAACAGACGGUCGAGUGUAACAACAGAAACCUGCUAGCCAUUCCCGAGGGGAUCGAUCCCGGUACGCAAGUUCUCGAAUUCUGGGAUAAUAGUUUGCGAUUUUUAAGUAAGGAGAUAUUCCAAAGGAUGGGCCUCAUUCAUUUGCAACGAAUUUACCUUUCGCGUUGUAAAAUAUCGAGCAUCGACGAUCGAUCGUUUCGCGGUCUAACUAAUUUAGUAGAAUUAGACUUAUCCGGAAAUUUGUUGGCGUCGGUUCCUACGGAAGCGUUCCGUGAUUGUCCGUCACUAAUGAGACUGACGCUCAGCUCGAAUCCCAUCAGAAUAUUGCGGAGUUCGGCUUUCAACCACCUGUCUUACUUGAAUACGCUCGUGCUGAGCGAUUGCGAAGUUUCUUACGUCGAGGAGGGGGCGUUUCUGGGCCUGAACAGUUUGGAAAGGCUCUACUUGGACGGAAACAAGCUAACGACGCUCAAAGGAACUCGUACCUUGCCGGAAUCUUUGAGGGGGGUUGAGCUGCUGAACAACCCGUGGGAAUGCGACUGCCAUAUUGUUGAUCUUCAUGCAUGGCUGAGCGAUAUUAACCUUCCAAAUUCGAUGUCACCGACGUGUCGGGGCCCAAGUCGAUUAUCGGGACGUGCCAUCGGCUCCGUUCCGAGCACAGAGCUGGCUUGUCUCCCGGAUGUGUCGCCCACCACAUUUUACCUAGAAAUUUCUGAGGGAAAGAACGUAUCUUUGCUGUGUAAUGUGAAUGCGGCACCCGAAGCGCAUGUAUCGUGGUGGUUUCAGGGACGUGUCUUACAGAAUGAUACAUUAGUAGCUCCAGGAGUACAUUUAUUAUAUUACAUAGAAGAAGGCUCCGAAGAAAAACGAAGUGAGUUAUUUAUUUACAACACAAACACGGAAGACAAUGGGACUUUUAUUUGCAACGCUGAAAACGCCGCGGGAAAUUCGCAAUCGAAUUUUACAAUCCGAAUAAUCGUAAAAGAGGAACCGAUGGUAAUCAUAGUCUUAUUCCCUUUUGAGUAUCUGCCCGCUGUACUAGGAUUAGUGGUCGUAGUUUUCUUUCUGGUUGUCGUUGUAAUCAUAUUAUCCAUUCUAAAAUGCAGAAAGAAUCGUAAACGACAACAAAAAAGGGACAAGACGAAAGAGGUCGCGCUACAGUAUCAACAAACGGCGGCGCUCCGUGAAAAUUUAGAGUUCGAUCAGAUUAAGGAAAACAGGGCUCAAGAUAAUCAGCAAGAGGUGACUUACAAUCCUCACCCCGCCGAGAAUUUUCUACGAACGUUGUCUCCGAUCGCCCCUUCUAAUCACAUUAGAAGUCCCACAUCUCUCAGACGUUAUCAGUUGGAGCAGAAUCCCGACCUUAUCAACGACACAGAGACGGGAGGUCGGCGCCGCGAGGGUGAGACGGGAUGCGACAACAAUUACACUGAAGGCGUAGAAAACAUAGUAAACCCAGCAAUUUCACAAAGCUUUGUACAAAUACCCUGCAUGCGAGAGACUAGAGAAUUCUAUACAGACGUGCAUCUGAACCCCAGUUGUUUGUUAGACCCCGAAGGGUACCCCUCCGACUACGGCCUACCCAAAGUACACGGCAGGUCUUUACAACAACAACACAACGAUAAUUUCUAUAGAACGCUCCCUUAUAGAGCGAACAAAAGAAACUCGGCCGCUAAUCCUAUAACUCGAUUUUCGAGGGAGGCCGAAUUUUUGUCUCGAAGUUCGCAACCCGCCGCAUAUGAGCAUUAUUGCCCCGGGGUUAGAUAUACAGCGGACGGUUAUCCGGCGAGGUCGACCGAAACCCCGCCUGAAUUUAUAGCGUCGCACCCCGAGGAAUACAAAGGGGACGGUCUGGCACCAUCUUCUCUACCAUGCUGUCCCGCUUCAAGUGUGCAGUGGCCCCAUUGUGUUCCGGCGAAUUUACAUUCUAUUAAUUCCGAUCCGGAUUAUAACAAACCGAAAGUUUCGAGUGUCGUCAGUAAACGUUGUGUCGGUGCGCAAACUGAUAAUGCCGAAAAGGAAGCGGAGAACUCGGAACAUUUAACUUCGUCUAAUUCGGCCUCGGCUUUAGACACACGGAACGAUCCACUUAAUGAGGUCUUAACUGAAAGUCCAGACGAAGGAUAUGAAGGAGAACCGGCACUUGUGUAGCGGUUAGUUAAACAUUAAAUAACCCUAAACACUAAUGAAAUGUGAAUAGUUACGUGUUAUUGUUCAUUAAUUUACCCCGGAGAACUCUUUCGCAAACAAAAAAAAUCGACCGAGGACAGUAUUUUUAAUACAGGGUAUUACCAAGAUGAUGUGAUGGACAACUUUAAUGUAAAUUUUGGUAUAAUAUUAAUAUUGUACAUUGUAGUUCAUUGAAAUGGAACCGCAUGUUUGUCAAGUUGCCAUUUUCCAAGAUUUUGCUUUUAAAAACCGACGAAACUUACCGACUGGUCCAAUAUCAGGAUUUUAGAGCCACAAUCGCUGUCUCUGAGAAUUCUCUCGGUUACCACCUCCACUGGAUUGGAAUUAAUUUAAUUUAGAAAAUUAUACACGGAUUUCCCAGUAUGUUCCUGGUGCUAAUCUCUUAUUAGGUACCAAUUUAUAAAAUAUGGAUGACUGGCAGACCUGUUUCGCUCAUCUGUCACUAAAAUAAGGUGCUAAGAUGCCAUUUUUUUAGUUUAAUACAAAAAAUUAGAUCAUGUUGCUGGGGCAAAUUUCCAAAAUUUAUUGCUCAUCGUAAUGUUUGGAAAAAAUCAGUUUUUUUCUUAGAACUUGCAGUCCAUUUGUUUUAGUCAUGAGAUGGGAGACAAGAACUUGUUUGAGUAUUUGUUAUGUGCAAAAAUUCUGUGUGCAAUCGUUUUCUCGUAAUAAACACCAUUAAGCUGGCUGGGAAUAGGAGAUGUGAACACGACCUCUUUUAUGAAACAAACUAAAUUGAUAGGUACUUACUUCAUUUUUUUAUGUCUAUUCCAUUUCAACCCAAUGUACCCUUCUUUUUUCGUUUCGAAGAUAAUUAAUAAUUUUAAAAUCUCCUACAAUUUCAGUUUCCUUCUGAGAAACUCGAUUAAACACACUUCAUAUUUUCCAAUUUAAAGCAAUUGCUGAACUGGAUACUCUAGAAAAAUCAUCAAUGCGCCCAUACCCUACCUGGAACCGGCUCUAUGCACAAACUAACAUUUCUAUUUGUUUUCCAAAUCGGGUCGUUGUUGGAAAGCCUCUUUUGAUUAUUAUUUUCUAUUUUAUUAUUAAAUUAACAAUAUUUACUUGAGCUGCAGCCCAAAAAAGGCACCCUCCCCUUUUUGAUCUAUGGAAUGUUCUUCAGAUGAGACGAUAUUCUGAACAUUUUUCUAAUAGUAUAAAAGAAACGAAUAUUUUUAUGUUUAGUGUUGAAUAAUAAAUUUAGAGGUUACAUCUCCAGUGAAUACUUUCCCAGCAAAACACCUUGUUAUCCGAUUUUAAGUUUAGCUUUAGGGGGUUGAGUGAGUUUGAUCAUAGUUCAAAUAUUCCAUUGGUUCUUUUAGUACUCACUUUAGGGUACAUGUUUUUCUAUGAGCGAUCCGGUGAAAAGCAAUUUUUGUGUUAAGAAGUGUAGAAUUCCAAAAAAAUGGGAUUGCGAAAGAAAUUUGUUUGGGCAAUUUAAAAUGAGUUUUUUUAUUGUCAGAAAGCUGGAAGAUUAGAAAAAAAGUUCGCACUUUUUAGUAAAGCUAUGAAAAUUGGCUCAUAUGCUCUUUCACCCUUCCUGUUAAAGUUCUGAUGUUGUGCCAUGCCAUUGCCCCUGGAACUCCCGUUAUGAGGGGCGGAGGGUAAAUACACAAUGUUGAUUGUUAAGGACUGGAUCACUUUUUUCGACCCAAGAAGCAUCAUGGUUGUGAAAACACGUUUAGAACCUUAUCGAUGCAUUCCUCCAUUGUUUUGUUGUUGUUUUUGAGUCUCAAUUCUCAUCACGUUUAGAAUAUUUGGGGUCGAGCACUGGGAACAAAUAAGCCACGAGUGGGGGGUGCCUACCUAUUCAGGUGCUAACUAUAGCCGAUUUCUAAAUUUGUUGGAUUGUUUUCAGUAUUCACCCCGGGCAUUAUUAACCCUAGUAGACUUCACUUCCACUCCGGAUUCCCACACAACAACCAGUUUCCGGAAUAUUGCCGACCUUUAGUUGUUAACUGUCUAACUGAUUUUUUUUUUGAGGUGGGGGAGGAUCAUGUAAUUAGUUGGGGUUUGUUGUGUAAACGCCCCUUUUUGCGCAUGGCGAGAUGCUAGAUUUUCCAGUCAUAUAAACCGUAAGUGAGGUAGCUGGUUCGCAAGGGGUAGGCAACACGCACUGAAAGAGCUUAAAUUAUGCCCUAAUUAUGCAAGUUUGGAGCUAAAAACACCGAAAACCAGUUGCCAAAUUCUUGACAGAGCAGCCCGCUCAGUAUUUGUUUAUAUUUAUUUAUUAUCGCUUUCUUGUUCUGAGCUCUCAACAAAAAAAUUUGGAUUG